AUGGUGAAGAGAGAGCUAGAAGAGCUGGCAGGUAUCACUGGGAUUGAAAACGACGAAAGGGCAACGAACCUGCUGGAAGAUGAAUUCAGCCAUCUUGCAAGGAAAAUCCUUGUGGAGCGAGUGUUUCUGUGGGUGAAAAAGAAUAGUGAGGAGGAUUCAAGUGAUGAAGUGAGAGAAGUUUUGAAUGCAAGUGGCCAAGUUGGAACCCAAGCUGCCGUCACGUCCACCGCACGAUGUACGCUUGAUGUGUUCACGCCCUGUAUACACGCAGAGCACAAUCCCGACGAAAUAUAUUUGCAACUGAAUUCUCGGGGGAUCGAUGGAUCACCGAAUACGUGUGAGGCACGGCUAAAGGAGGCCGUGCUAAGUACCGAUAGGAAUACAAGUAUAGGAGCAACGGCAACGGGGAAGGGCGGAGUCGGGAAGACAUGCGCUCUUCGAGCGAUUGCGCACGACGAUGACAUCAAGGCUCGGUUUUCAGGCGGAGUGUACUUCAUGUCCUUGGGGAAAGACGCCAGCGUAGGGCGGCUGAUUGAGCAACUGUGUAUAGCCGUAGAGGCGUCUGGUGGCAACCAGGCGUCUGCAAAAAUGCGAGAGCAAACCGAGUUGAGCAGGGUACUGACCAAGAUGCGAGCAUGGUUCAACACACGUGUAUGCCUGUUCAUUAUUGAUGAUGUGUGGGCCGUGAAUGAUAUAGAUGCGUGUAUUCUUCAGAAGUUGUCCAUUCUCGCUGACACUGCAGGAGACAUCCGAGAGAGGAGCAGACUUCUGUAUUCCACGAGGGACUCAGAGCUGAAACAGGUCGGUAAGCGAGUGACUUUCGAGCCGAGGGAAAGGGAAGGGAGCGAUUCAGUUCACAUGCUCAUGCUUGCAAGCGGGGCGAACCCGGAGGAAGCUAAUGAUCCGAGAUGCAAAAAGGCGGUGAGCGAAAUAUUGAAAUUGUGUGCUGGUUUGCCGCUUGCUCUGAACCUAGCCGGGACGGGUGUCAGGUACAUGAGAGAGAGAUGGGAGGGAGAAAAGUCACAAGCGUGGGAGGCAUACCUUUCGAAGAUGAAGAGGCUUAACACGCUUCGUAGUGAGAGUCCAGAGGAUGGGUAUGCGUCGUUAGACGCGACAUUUGGAGCCAAUCGAGCCAGUGCUCACCCGAUGGACCAUGUUUGGAGCACUGUCACUGGCUCCAUUAUCGAUUUGGUACGCAGAAGGAUCCUCCAUGGUACGAAUGCUACUCCUCCCAGAGACUUUGAGAUACAACCUGCGGCGCAUGCCAUACUUCAUGCUCUGAGUCCUCACUUGGACUUUGCUGCAUCUUCCAAGAUACAACCUCCGCCGCCUCAUGCUCUGAGUCCUCACUUGGACUUUGCUGCAUCUUCCAAGAUACAACCUCCGCCGCCUUAUGCUCUGAGUCCUCACUCGGACUUUGCUGCAUCUUCCAAGAUAGAACCUCCGCCGCGUGGGAUGCAUCAUCCUCUGAGUCCUCACUUGGACGGUGCUGCAUCUUUCAAGAAGCCGCUAACCCGUCCUCACUUGGGCAGUGUUGCAUCUCCCAAGAAACGGCGAUUCCAGCCUCUACCUUUCGUGCCAGAGAUCUUUAGGACCCGACAGAAAAAGUCCGUAGGCGAGGUUUUGAGAGGCACCUCAAAGCGUAUCGAUCCAGAGAUCGGAGUGUCACUGUCCCUAGACGAGCUGUAUACAGUCACCUCAGAGCAUUUCGAUGCUACGAUUGUAGCGUCAGGGUUGGCGGGCCUCAUGCACCAUGUACGCGCUGUAACUGAGAAUCCGGGCGAGUCGAGCAGCAUCUUCGUGAUAGCGACUACCGCUUGGGUCUGUGUUUCGACUUCGUUCAUACUAUGGCGCCAUGCCCAAGGCUUCAGAGGUGUGUCUAUAGAUCGGGGGGCCUGUUCAGACAUAGAUGGUGAAGUCCAUCCUGAGACAGAUGAGCGAGAUGUGCUCUGGCUGGGGACGACUGCAGAUCUAAUCAUGACAGCAACUGACCGCGGAGGUGCUGGCCACGCCUGGAACUGUCUGCCGUGCUACAUUGAGCGCCGGCUGUAUGUGCUUGGCGCUGUCAAAGACCAUUAUAGUAGAGGAGGGCCUUAUAAUGUCAAUGAGCUACCAUGCCGACCGUCAGCAGUCGGCGACGAUCUCACCUCAGGAAAAAUCAUGCUGCGUGGCUUUCAGAACAGAGUUGAUGAGGCCGUUAUUUUACAAUGUCGCAACGGAGUGCUUCAUGUCACUAACGACUUCCAACAAACCGAUGGCAUCGGUCAUGAUUCAUGCGUCCCAGACAUCACCGUAGGCGAGAGAGCUUUUAUACCAGCCGCCACUCUCUCUGAAGUACCCGACCCUGAGGUCGCCGAAUUGCUGAGCAGCAAGGACGUCAAGAGUUGGGCGUUGGAGAAUAGGGUGUCAGACACAGUUGCAGACAUCCUGAGAGAGGUAGCAGCUAGGCAUGAGCUAAGUAGAGAACGUCAAAUCUCUGUGGCGUCGAUGUUAAGCCUUUUCUGGAGGUCUGCGUUUGAGAUGAAAACCGCUACUAUGAAAUACGUACGCAUUGACCCGGGUCGGAAAUGGGGUACCGGGAGGAAGAGUUACUUGAUUAUCUCGAGCGGGGCAGUCUACUUAUGCAGGGGUAAGCGGAUAAUCUCAAGGACUCUCUCGCUAGGACUUGGUUUUGACCCAGUGGCCAUGCAAGUGGGAGUGACGGCUAGCAUGCGAGAUAUCGAAAACUACGAGCUACUUUCCCAACUAAGCUCAUUAGUUUGUGGCGAAGAAGUUGUAAGUAGGUUGGGUUUUGGAAGUACCCCAGAGGGUAUUGGUGCGACAGCUGAUGCCGAGGGUCUGAAUGACUGUGUUAGCCAACUUGUCAUAGCCUUGACCAUGCUGCGCGAUGUGGCUAAAUAUCACGGCAGAUAUGGUUGUAUAGACGCUAGACAGAAAGUGGAGAUAUCCCCUCAGCUAGUGUUGGCUGAUCUACCUGUGCCUUACUCGAUCGCAGAGGCCAUAAUGCCGGUUGCUGGUAGGAGAGUCAAGUCUACAUUACAAGUCUUAGACGGCGUGGAGGAGUUUUCGGGCAAGUUACCCACGUUCAAACCAGUGGUAGUCGGCGGAAGAAGACACUCGAAUGCACAGCUGGUUGAGGUGUCAGUAUCCGCGGUAACCAGGUCGAGCAUAGCGCCUUAG